GGUCUUGGCACUGCUGCUUCUAAGUUUAGAAAUGUCCCAUCAGACCUGAAGCCUGUGGGUCCAGAAGACACAUUUGAUCGGAUCCAACCUUUGGAAGAUCUGCUUGGAAAUUUCCCACUUCGUGUCCUGAGUCCAGGAACCCAGCAGUGGAAUUUUGUAGAAAAUGCACUGAAGGAUGCGGCCCAAAGAGAGCAUCGCCUGAGAUCCCAUUAUGCAGGCCUUCCUACAAGGGCCCAGCAGCGCAACAAGGUGAAAGCAGAGUAUGCUCGGCUUAACCACACGCUCACCCUAGUGACCAGAGAACGUGAUUUGGCCGUGAAGGAGAAAAACGAGCUCCAAGCCAAGCUGGAGAACCUAGAACAGGUCCUAAAGCACAUGCGAGAGGCUGCAGAACGGCGGCAGCAGCUGGAAUUGGAGCAUGAACAAGCCCUGGCUGUCCUCAACGCCAAGCAGCAGGAAAUCGACCUUCUGCAGAAGGCUCAGGUUGAAGCUAAGAAAGAACAUGAGGGUGCAGUGCAGCUGCUAGAGUGCAAGGUUCGGGAGCUGGAGGAGAAAUGUCGGACGCAGAGUGAGCAGUUCAGCCUGCUGUCCCGGGACCUGGAGCAGUUCCGGCAGCACGCCGGCAAGAUCGACCUGCUGGGCGGCAGCUCCGUGGCCUCCCUGGAUGUCCCUGGGUCCCCUAGCAAGCAUUUCCCGAGGUUCAUGAACGGACUGGCUCCCUCCAUUGGCAAAGGUCAGGAAAGCUCCAUUGGAAGCCGAGCUGUGAUUGGUGAAUAUAUCCGGCCCCUCCCACUCCCGGGUGACAAGCCGGAGUCUCUGUCCGUCAAGCCCACCUUUCUGUCAAGAUCUGGUGGCCCAAGAUGCAGAUUUGAAUCAGACAUGGAUAAUGAACGGAAUUCCAAUACCUCCAAGCAGAGAUACUCUGGGAAGGUCCACUUGUGUGUUGCCCGCUAUAGUUACAACCCCUUCGACGGGCCGAAUGAGAACCCAGAGGCUGAGCUGCCCCUCACGGCGGGGAAGUACCUCUAUGUCUACGGGGACAUGGAUGAGGACGGCUUCUAUGAAGGUGAACUCCUGGACGGGCAGAGGGGACUGGUGCCCUCCAACUUUGUGGAUUUUGUCCAGGACAAUGAAUCUCGAUUGGCAAGCACACUGGGGAGUGACCAGGAUCAGAAUUUCAUCAACCAUUCUGGCCUCGGUGGGGAGGGAGAGAACAUUCUGGACCUCCACUCCCCAACGCACGCGGACUCUGGCCUCACUGACAACGGGGCGGGGACACUCGAUGUGAACAUCGACGACAUUGGAGAAGACAUUGUGCCUUACCCUCGGAAAAUCACCCUCAUCAAACAACUCGCCAAAAGUGUCAUUGUGGGCUGGGAGCCCCCGGUGGUGCCCCCGGGCUGGGGGACCGUGAGCAGCUACACUGUGCUGGUGGACAGGGAGCCACGCCUGAGCCUGGCGCUGGGCGGCAGGACCAAGGCACUCGUGGAGAAGUUGAACUUGGCAGCCUGUACCUACCGUGUCUCUGUGCAGUGCGUCACCAGCCGGGGCUCCUCGGAUGAGCUGCAGUGUACGCUGCUGGUGGGCAAGGACGUGGUGGUGGCCCCCUCCCACCUGCGAGUGGACCACAUCACGCAGGUCUCUGCCGAGCUCUCCUGGCUGCCCACCAACAGCAACUACAGCCACGUCAUCUUCCUCAAUGAGCAGGAGCUGGACAUCGUCAAGGCCGCCAGGUACAAGUACCAGCUCUUCAACCUCAGGCCUGACACGGCCUACAAGGUCAAGGUCCUGGCCAAGCCUCACCAGAUGCCCUGGCAGCUGCCCCUGGAGCAGAGGGAGAGGAAGGAGGCCUUCGUGGAGUUCUCCACGUUGCCCGCAGGUCCUCCAGCCCCCCCACAAGACAUCACCGUCCAAGCUGGGGCCACCCCAGGCACCGUCCAGAUCUCCUGGAAACCACCCCCUCUGACAGCCACUGGGCUGUCCAAUGGAGCCAAUGUCACCGGCUACGGAGUGUAUGCAAAAGGGCAGAGGGUGGCGGAAAUCAUCUCCCCGACUGCAGAUGGCACAGCUGUGGAGCUCGUGCGGCUGCGCAGCCUGGAAGCCAAGGGCGUGAGCGUGAGGACCCUCUCCGCCCAGGGCGAGUCCAUCGACUCUGCCGUCGCUGCCAUUCCCCCCGACCUCCUGGUGCCUCCAACCCCCCACCCGAGAACUGCUCCCACACCGAAGCCAUCAGCAAGUGCCGGAGCCCCCGAAACCAAAGAUGAACACCCGGGUCCCCACGCCAAGGCGGACGAGGCCUGGGAGCACGGUCGGGCGCCCACCCCGGCCCACGGCCGCAUGCUGGAGCCGCCUGGCCUGCAGGGGCGGCGGUCGCCCUCGCCCAGCCGCAUCCUCCCGCAGCCGCAGGGCGCCCCGGUCUCCAGCUCCGUCGCCAAGGCCAUGGCCCGGGAGGCCGCGCAGAGGGUGGCGGAGAGCAGCAGGUUAGAGAAAAGGAGCGUUUUCCUGGAGAGGAGCAGCGGGCAGUAUGCAAACUCAGACGAGGAGGAUGGCUAUGAGUCCCCGGAUGUUAAGAGAAGGGGUGCGUCAGUGGACGAGUUUCUGAAGGGCUCAGAGCUGGGCAAGCUGCCACACUGUUGCCAUGGAGACGAGUACCACACAGAGAGCAGCCGGGGGUCGGACCUCUCAGACAUAAUGGAAGAGGACGAGGAAGAGCUCUACUCUGAGAUGCAGCUGGAGGACGGGGGCCGGAGGCGGCCCAGCGGCACAUCCCACAAUGCCCUGAAGGAGUGCUAUGAGAAUAGGACCACUGAAGGCGCUUUUUUGGAACUGCCUGAGUACCCCCAACAGACCCACCACAGUAAGAAACUUUUCAGUAUCCCCGAAGUAGCGGAGGAGAACGGAGAGCCCUGUGAGAUCUUGUUCAAGCAGAGCUUAGGGUACUCCUGCAGGGCCCGGGAGCCCUGGCCCUCCAGGCCCUGCCAGGGGCACGAGGCCCCGCACGGCUCCUGGUUCUCCAGCAAGCCCAGGGGCCCCCACGCCACCGCCAAUGCCGAAGACUUUGUUUUCGAAGACAGAGGCUGUCGAUUCAGCCGCUCCGCCACACGGAGCCCAGACAGCGGACUGGACUGUGGGAGCGAAGAAGAGGAGAUGCGAUUUAGUUUCAGGAGUCCCGCAACCCCCUGCAGCCCCAUCCCCGGGCACUGCCCCUGUCGGAGGAGCCCGAGGCCCCUGCUGGCCCGGCGCCGGACCCUGACCCGGCAGAGCAGCAUCGAUUUUGGGGAGCCAGCGGAGCCCAGCGACGUCAUCAGGAGCGAUGACGCCCACCCCGGCCCAGAGAGGCCCACCCCCAGCAAGUACGGCUGGGACGAGCCCGCGGGUCACCAAGGUCUCCGGGAUGUCUGGAAGAAAAGCAUAAAAAUGCCCGACAGUAGGGCCCGUGCUCUGCCCGCACAGCUACCUCCCCAGGUUGCAGAAGGUCCUUUGAUUUUAGGGAACCCGGUGUCUGCAGGACGGGCUGAGAGAGCGGAUCACGUGGGCCGGAGGUUUUCCCAUGGUGGCGCUGGCCCCCACAGGUCCCCGCCGAUGAUGGUCCUGCCUACCGAUGAGUACGGUGGGCGAGACCGGCUUUCUCCUGACUUCUACGAAGAGUCAGAGACUGAUCCUGGUGCGGAAGAGCUCCCAGCCCGGAUCUUCGUGGCUCUUUUCGACUACGACCCCCUCACCAUGUCCCCGAACCCAGAUGCUGCAGAAGAGGAGCUUCCCUUCACAGAAGGGCAGAUCAUCAAGGUUUACGGAGAUAAAGAUGCUGAUGGAUUCUACCGGGGAGAAACCUGUGCCCGGCUCGGCCUUAUUCCUUGUAACAUGGUCUCCGAAAUCCAGGCAGAUGAUGAGGAGAUGAUGGACCAGCUUCUCCGACAGGGCUUCCUCCCUCUGAACACACCAGUGGAGAAAAUAGAGAGAAGCAGAAGAGGCGGCAGGCAGCACUCAGUGUCUACGCACAGGAUGGUGGCCCUGUAUGACUAUGACCCGAGGGAGAGCUCACCCAACAUUGACGUGGAGGCUGAACUUACAUUUUGCACAGGAGAUAUUAUUACUGUUUUUGGUGAAAUUGAUGAAGACGGGUUUUAUUAUGGGGAGCUUAAUGGGCAGAAAGGCCUUGUACCUUCCAACUUCCUAGAAGAAGUGCCUGACGACGUAGAAGUCUAUCUUUCCGAUGCACCGUCCCAUUACUCCCAGGACACGCCUCUGCGCUCAAAGACAAAAAGGGUUCCUCCUGAGGGUUCAGGUACAGCAAGGAGAGCGCCAUCCCCCACAGUCCAUCUCCAUUCGGGGUCACCUACGUCAUCUAUGGGUACUGGUAGUCCUGGGAGAGGCAGGGAAAUGUCCUCGAAAAAGAAAAAGGGGCUGCUUUCCAAAGGCAAGAAACUGCUGAAAAAGCUGGGUGCAGUGAAAUGAUUCAUGUGCUUCCGGACAACUUCCAAAUCUAUGUAAUUUUCUUUAAUUCCAAACUAGGGCUUUCAUGACUCAAGCACUUCCUUAAAAAACCAAUCUUCUCCCCUGACACCAGUAGAGAAAUGCUCUUUGCACUACCAUCCACUUUAAA